AUGCCUGUAUCGGCUCUACGAACGACAUCGACCGCCCAAAAUGGCGUAGGUGCAUUCAUUCUCCAAUGCAAACGCCUCGACUUCCACUACUGCGACAAAUGGGGCAGCUCUAGAGGCAUGAAUACAUUCCUCCGCUCUCCACUCAUGGCGUCAUUCGCAAAAGCCCACCCCCAAAUCACCAUCCACAUCUCCCCCCGACCAAAUACACAUCCCAUAAUACGGGGCUUGUACAUCAAUGGGCGGGAAAAGGUCAUAUGCGUCCGAAAUCUCGAGAAAGAGCAGAUCUUGCAGAAGGUAGAAUUGCUGCGGGAUGCGAACGGAGAGAAGGUGACGAGGGUCAGGGGGGGCAGGGUCGUGGGAAGUUUGAACGAGGGGGUGAGAGGGCUGUGGGAUCCGUUCCAUGGGGCAAAAAAAGGCAGACUAGACGAAAUACUGGGGGGUAUGGGUGUGUCGAAUAAAGGGGUGUAA